AUGGGGUCUCCCGUCCCUGCAAUUCAUCCACCCGUUUCUAACGUCUUCGUCUACGGCAGCCUCCUCUCCGACGACGUCGUUUGCGCCCUUUUGAGUCGCGUUCCUCGUUCAGCUCCGGCCAUCCUUCCCAAUUACCAAAGGUUUAGUAUCAAGGAGCGCGUUUACCCUGCAAUUAUACCAGCUGAAGAUAAGAAAGUUCAUGGCAAGGUACUUCUCGACAUUACGCCACCCGAACUUCAUAUUUUGGAUGUGUUUGAGGAUGUCGAGUACGAGAGGACAACUGUUGAUGUUUGCUUGGAGGAUAGUUCAGAGAAGUUGAAAGCAUACACGUAUGUAUGGGAAAACAAGACUGAUCCAGACUUAAAUGGCGAGUGGAAUUUUGAGGAUUGGAAAGUACUGCACAUGAAGGACUUCUUGAAGAUGACGACAGAUUUUGUUGAGGAAAUGGAGCUGCCCGAUCCAAAGACCCGAGUGGCAACAUACGAAUCUUUUUACAAAGGCGCCGAUAAUGAUCCUCCUAAUCCUUAA